GAACAUACGGCUAUUUGUAAAAUUCGUUCCAUUAAUUCCCGUACCAUUAUUUUUCGGUGGAACAGGCUUGCAGAGUAUAGAGUUUUUAAUCAUGUACAAUAAGACAGAAGAGGUUAACACUCUGUUGUCAGCAGAGUCAACUAUUUCCCUACUGUUGACAGCAGUAUAUGCAGUGAUUGGAUGGUUGUUUGCCACUGUGUUUAGAGGAAAGGUGUCACAGAUUGACUACUGGGUACUAAUUUGGCUGGUGUAUGAUGUUCUUAUACAUAUCACAUUAGAGGGGUCAUUUGUAGUGAUCUCCCUGGUCAGUACUGUACAGGACAGUGACCAUUUUGCUGCCAUGACAUGGAAGGAGUAUGCAAAGGCAGAUGAACGCUGGGGUAUAUCUGAUCCAACCAUUGUUUCCCUGGAAAUUCUCACCGUAACCAUAGUUACCCUGUUUGCUAUAAUGUUGAUAUAUGCCAUUAUAGAAGGACGGUAUUACAGACACUUCCUGCAGAUAAGUGUAUGUGUCUGUGAACUAUA